AUGGCAGACUUAUCCAAGACGCUGACGGCCCCGAAUGGAAGAGUAAUUAAGCUCCACACCGGCCUUUUCAUCAACAAUGAAUUCGUUCCCGGGCGAGACGCGCCAAUCUCAACAAUCGAUCCGGCCAAUGAGACGGAGAUUACUGUCGUCCAGGCUGCGUCUUCCGGAGAUGUCGAUGACGCAGUACGUGCAGCUCGAAGAGCUCUGAUUAAACCCGAGUGGCGCGAAGAGUCUCCUGUAGAGCGGGGAAGAUUGCUGUAUAAGCUGGCGGAGCUGAUAAUCGCAGAAAAGGAGACGCUGGCUACAUUGGAAGCAUGGGACAAUGGCAAGCCGUACGGGAUCGCGCUCGCGGAAGAUCUAGAAGAAACCAUAUCUGUGAUUCAGUAUUAUGCUGGCUGGGCGGACAAGAUCCACGGGCAGACCAUGUCUAAUGUUGGGCCACAAGGGUACAAGUUUGGUUUUACAGUUCGUGAACCCAUUGGAGUUUGCGCCCAGAUAAUUCCGUGGAAUUAUCCUCUUUCUAUGGCAGCCUGGAAACUCGGUCCGGCAUUAGCGUGCGGCAAUGCAAUCGUUCUGAAACCAGCGGAACAGACUCCUCUCUCAAUCCUUCACCUUGCAACCCUAAUCAAACGUGCGGGUUUUCCACCGGGCAUUGUAAACAUCGUGAAUGGACGCGGCCGUGUGGCAGGGGCAGCGUUAGCCGGUCAUAUGGAUGUUGACAAAGUCGCCUUUACAGGAAGCACUAGCACCGCGAGGGAAAUUAUGAAACUUGCAAGCAACAACUUGAAGAACAUAACGCUCGAGACUGGUGGAAAAUCGCCCUUAAUCGUUUUCAAUGAUGCGGAUCUCGAUCAAGCAGCCAAGUGGGCACAGAUAGGCAUCAUGAGCAACCAGGGGCAAAUUUGUACUGCAACAUCCCGCUUGCUUGUGCAGCGUAGCGUAGCAGACGCAUUUGUUACGAGGUUUAAAGAGGUCAUCGCCGAAGCCAAUGUGUUGGGUGAUCCUUUUGCAGAAGCAACAUCCCAAGGCCCACAAGUUUCGAAAGAGCAUUAUCACCGUAUUCUGGGCUUCAUCGAUCGAGCGUCCAAGGAUGGUGGUGUUUUGACCCUUGGUGGGAAGCCGUUCUUGCGCCGGGAACAUAACAACGGUUAUUUCAUUGAGCCAACCAUAUUCACAGACGUCAAGCCGACUUCCGAAUUGUUUCAAGAGGAGGUCUUUGGCCCUGUCGUCGCCGUCACAUUAUUCGAUACAGAGGAGGAGGCUGUCGCCUUAGCGAAUAACAGUAAUUAUGGACUUGGAGCUGCGAUAUUUACCAAGGACAUUCAGCGAGUUCAUCGUCUAUUUCCGAACCUCGAAUCGGGUCAGGUCUGGGUUAAUAGCAGUCAAGAUGGCGAUAGUCGCUUACCGUUUGGAGGGGUAAAGCAGAGCGGUAUCGGGCGCGAGUUGGGCGAGGCCGGCCUAGAGGCAUAUUCACAAGUCAAAACCGUACACGUGAACGUAAAACUAAAGCUUUGA